AGACACUACGCGGCUGCAUUGAGCCCGCGGCGUCCAAUUACAUGGCACCAUUCUAGAUAUUUCGAUACUAAGCCCAAGCAGCGAUACUAAGAGUACUGUGGUCAGGCGGGCCGACGUGUGAUUGAUUGAUAGAGAACAAGGUAUCUUGAACCUGUAUCAAAUGAUAUACCUGCAAGAAUGUAUCAAGAGAUCCCAACAACAAUCUUCCAGCAGGAAGCAAGCAUGGACACACUCGUCCUCGCGAAGGAAGCCGCCCUGGGCAAGAUGCAAGCUACCCUCGGCAAGAUGCAAACGCCGGAUGAAGAGAUGUCGGCGAAGAUGCCCGCGAAGCAGGCCCUUCAUAUGACCGGCUGCAACAUGGACCUCGUCGACGAGGCCCUUCCGGAGGUGGAACAAGACUCGGAGGACAACGAGCCUGGCCUCGCCCUUCUGUUCAAGUGGAACGAUAUCGACAUGCCAGUGUUCCUCGACGCUGUCAACGCUCCAGCGAGCGGUGGCAACCUUGUCCCCCCGUUCUGGAUGAAGACGCUGCCUCCGAACGUCUCGUUCACUUCGUUGACAAACGAUCUCUUCGAACAGCUCAAGCCCAACGCCGCCGACGACCGCGUGGCGCCGGGGUGGAUUGCACCCAACACCAUUGAAGAAUACGGGGCCAUUUUGGCAGCGCUGCGCGAAGUCGAAGCCGAUCCGUUUAUCCAGGCGGCCAUGGCGGCCAUGCCAUUGGACAAUUGCUUGGCCGAGACGUACCACGUGACCUUGAGUCACCACAUCCACCCGAAUGACCGCCACGCCCCACCGCCGCCGUUGCGCCGCGUGUUCCUUUAAUCGCGUCGACCAACAUGACGAUUGAUUUUUUCGCAAAAGACGCAGCUACAACCGUCAUGUGUGUGCAUCGAUGCUCCCAUUGCAUUCAUAAAACCGCUACUAAAC